AUGAUAAAAAUAUACGUAAAUAUUCCUGUUGAUUUUAAAUAUAUUGCUGAUCCAACAAUGCAUUCUAUGCCUGCUGUUGCACAAUCACGAAAUGGUAAAUAUUUAGCAUUUCAAUCGAUGGAUAAUCAAAUUCGAAUUAUGGAACCAUUGACAAACUUUCGAUGGAAAAGUAAAAAAAUAUUCAAAGGACAUAUGGUAUCUGGUUAUGCAUGUGGUCUUGAUUUUUCACCUGAUAUGUCUUAUUUGAUAAGUGGUGAUGCAGAUGGAUGUUUAAUUAUUUGGGAUUGGAAAACAACACGUAUAUUUGAACGAAUUAAAGCACAUGAUGAUGUAUGUAUUGAUGCUAAAUGGCAUUGGCGUGAAAAAUCAAGAGUUCUAACAGCUGGAUGGGACAAUGUUGUAAAACUAUGGGAUUAA